AUGGAGAACGAGCCUGGAAUAGUUUCUCCUUUCAAACGAGUCUUCCUGAAGGGCGAAAAAGGUCGGGAUAAAAAAGCCCAGGAGAAGGUGACGGAGCGACGGCCGCUGCAUACGGUGGUGGUGGCACUGCCCGACCGCGUCGAACCCGACGUGCUGCUCAACGACUACAUCGAGAAGGAAGUGAAGUAUUUAGGGCAGCUCACCUCCAUCCCAGGGUACCUGAAUCCCUCCAGCCGCACGGAAAUCCUGCAUUUGAUCGAUAACGCAAAGAGAGCUCACCAGCUCCCGGGGCAGCUGACCCAAGAACACGAUGCUGUCAUCAGCCUCUCCGCCUAUAACAUCAAGCUGGUGUGGAGGGACGGCGAAGAUCUCAUCCUCAGGGUCCCCAUCCAUGACAUCGCCUCCGUUUCCUACAUCCGCGAUGACUCCUCUCACCUGGUCGUGCUGAAAACAGCUCAGGACCCUGGGAUCUCCCCGAGCCAGAGUCUCUGUGCCGAGAGCUCCAAAGCCCUGACUUCGGGCUCGCUGUCUGAGAGCGGCGUGGUUCCCGUUGAAGCUUGCUGCUUGGUGGUCCUGGCUACAGAGAACAAAGUGACCGCCGAGGAGCUGUGCUCACUUCUCAGCCAAGUCUUCCAGAUUGUUUACACGGAGUCCACGAUAGACUUCUUGGACAGAGCAAUAUUCGAUGGGGCGUCCACGCCGACGCGGCACAUGUCCUUACACAGCGACGACUCUUCUACAAAAGUGGAUGUGAAGGAAUCUUACGAAAUGGAAGCAAGCACUUUUUCCUUUCCAGAAACCUUGGACGCAGGUGACAACUCGCCCUCUUCCUUCUCCACACAACAGUCUCCACACAUUAAGACGGUCAGCGAGAGCGAGCUGAGCACCACGGCCACGGAGCUGCUCCAGGACUACAUGAUGACGCUCCGAACAAAGCUCUCUUCCCAAGAGAUCCAGCAGUUUGCGAUGCUCCUGCAUGAGUAUCGCAACGGGGCAUCAAUCCAUGAGUUCUGCAUCAACCUGAAGCAGCUCUACGGGGACAGCAGAAAGUUCCUGCUCUUGGGCCUUCGCCCCUUCAUCCCUGAGAAGGACAGCCAACACUUUGAGAACUUCCUGGAGACCAUCGGGGUGAAGGACGGCCGCGGCAUCAUCACUGACAGUUUCGGGAGGUACCGGCGGACUCUGAGCACCACCUCCAACUCCACCACCAACGGCAACGGCGCCGCCGGCAGCUCGGACGACCAGUCUGUCCCUUCGGAGGAGGACGAGUGGGACCGGAUGAUCUCGCACAUCAGCAACGACAUCGAAGCCCUGGGGUGCAGCAUGGACCGUGACUCCUCCUGAGAGCAAGCCG